AUGACGGGCGAGGGGCGGCGGCGGCGGCGGCUGCUGUGGGCCGCGCUGCUGCUGCUGGUGGCGGCGGCGGCGGCGGCGGUCGGGCGCGCGGGAGCCAGCCACCUCUUCAGGCGGCAUUGCUCGUAUGAACUGGUCGGCCCCCUCUACGCUUGGAAUCUCGGCUCCUCGUCUCGGUCCAGUAUUUUCCGUGCUGCCACUUUUGGCCGGCUCUAUGGGGCUGGCGGCUGGUCACCUGACCCCAGCGAUAAGCAUCCUUGGCUCCAGAUUGACCUAACCCAAAAGUGCCGCAUCAAUGCCAUUGCCACACAAGGGACCUUCAACUCCUACAAUUGGGUGACGCGCUACAUCGUCUUCUAUGGUGACCAUCCCAAUAACUGGAAGCCUUAUUUCCAGCAGGGGAGCAACUGGACAUUCUUUGGCAACGUGAACGAGAGCGGGGUGGUCCGCCAUAACCUGCACUACCCGAUCUUGGCUCGCUACCUCCGCAUCGUCCCUGUGGCUUGGAAUCCCCGUGGAUCGAUUGGCCUGCGGGUGGGCCUCUACGGCUGCUACUACCAAUCUGAUAUCUUAUACUUCGAUGGCGAUGAUGCGAUUGCCUACAAGUUCCGCCCCAAAACUGUCCGUACAACCCAAGACAUCAUCGCAUUCAACUUCAAAACGAUGGAGCGCGAAGGCAUCUUGAUGUACGGGGAGGGGGUCCAGGGAGACUACAUUAGUGUGGAGCUCCGGCAGGCCCGGCUGGUCCUUAACAUGAGCCUCGGCAACAGCCUUCUCAACACCAGCGGAGGGGAGACGACAAUGACCCUGGGAAGCCUCCUAGAUGACCAGCACUGGCACCAGUUUCGCCUUGACCGCUACAGGCAAUUUGUCAACUUCAGCCUGGACGGGGAAGUUGUGCGGUUCCGUCUCAAUGGGGCGUUUGAGCAGCUGGACCUGGACACUGAGGUCUUCUUUGGAGGGGUCAUUAACCAUAUGAAGCAGCGCCUGGCCUAUCGGCCCAACUUCCGCGGCUGCAUGGAAAACAUCGUCUACAACUUGAUCUACGUGACCCACUUGGCGCUACGCCACAGGCCGAGCAUCCGGGUUGAGGGCCAUGUAGGCAAUUUUUGUCGCGAUAACUUCUUGUUCCCCUUCACCUUUGCCGGGGUCAACAAUUUCCUGCAGGUGGAAGGCUAUCCCCGGCGUAACUCCCUAGUCGUUAGCUUCGGGUUCCGCACCUGGGACGUUGUGGGGCUGCUGCUUUACACGCCCUUCACAGAUGGCUUGGGCUGGCUGGAGAUGGUGCUAAGCGACGGUCAAGUGAAUGUCACCAUUGCUCAGCCCAAAUCCGAAACUAAAGCCAAGAAGCUGGAGUUUGCAGCAGGGUAUCGUCUCAACGAUGGCUUCUGGCAUUCGGUAUCCUUGGUGGUGCGUGAAACCUCCGCUGUCAUCACCAUCGACGACCAGAACGAUGCCAGCUUCCGUGUCGACCGAAACAUUCAGCUGCGCACAGGGAAGCUCUACUUCUUUGGAGGCUGUCCCAAGCCAGCUUCACGGACCGGCUGCCUCUCCAACCAAACUGCUUUCCACGGGUGCAUGCAGAUGGUCAAUGUGGACUCGAAGCUCAUUGAGUUAGAUAUGGUCCGCCAGCAUCGCCAGGGCAAGUACUUUGAGGUGUACUUCAACGUGUGUGGCAUCACAGAUAGGUGUUCUCCCAACAUGUGUGAACAUGGCAGCCGCUGUAUCCAGUCCUGGGAUGACUUCCAAUGCAUUUGUGACUUGACAGGGUACAAGGGGGAGACCUGCCACCAACCUGUUUACAAGGAAACGUGCGAUGCCUAUCGACUCAGCGGCAAAGUGUCUGGCAACUACACCAUCGACCCAGAUGGCAGCGGGCCUCUAAAGCCGUUUGUUGUCUACUGCGACAUUAGGGAGGAUCGGGCCUGGACCACAGUGUGGCACAAUCGCUACUGGGCCACUCGAGUGACCGGCUACAGCCCUGAAAAGCCCUUCCUGGGUAUAGUUGACUACUGGAAUGCCUCCUGGGGAGAGGUGUCUGCCCUGGCCAACGCCUCGGAGUACUGCGAACAGCGCAUAGAGUUCAGUUGUUACCUCUCCCGCCUGCUCAACACCCAGACUGGGAUGCCCCUGAGCUUCUGGAUGGGCCGAAAUUCUGAGCGCCACUACUACUGGGGAGGCUCGCCACCCGGGCUGGGGCGCUGCGCUUGCGGCAUGGACAAGAACUGCGCGGACCCCCGUUUCUACUGCAACUGCGAUGCUGAUCAUGCCAUGUGGCGGACAGAUAAGGGACUGCUCAACUUUGUAGACCACCUCCCAAUUACUCAAGUUGUGGUGACCGACACAAAUCGCACCGGUUCAGCAGCCGAGUUCCUGCUGGGCCCAUUGCGUUGCUAUGGAGACCGCAACUCCUGGAAUACCGUCUCCUUCACCAACGGAACAGCUUUGAUCUUCCCCACUUUCCAGGUCAACUACAGCCUCGACAUCAGCUUCUUCUUCAAGACAUCUGCCCCGACAGGCACUUUUCUGGAGAACGUGGGUCGAAAGAACUAUAUCCGUGUGGAACUCAACACUACCCAGGACCUGGUCUUUGCUUACGACAUCGGAAAUGGGGACGAGAAUUUGACAGUGCACUCAGAGAUGCCCUUUAACGACAACGAGUGGCACGAGGUCAAGGCAGAAAUCAAUGUCAAGGUCGCCCGGCUGCGAGUUGACCAGAUGCCCUGGGUAGUGAGAAUGGCCCCGCCUCAGAGCUUUGUCCAUAUGAACCUCACCAGACCGCUGUAUGUGGGCUCUGCAAUCUACAAUCUGCGCCCCUUCCUGGGCUGCUUGCGGGGCCUGCACAUGAACGGGGAGACGCUGAACUUGGAGGGGAAAGCCAACGAGAGCUUAGGAGUCCUGGUGAACUGCACUGGGCAUUGCCGCCGCCCCCUGGUGCCCUGCCAGAACUAUGGCACCUGCGUGGAACACUACAACCACUACACCUGCAACUGCUCCGUCUCUGCCUACGAAGGCCCUUUCUGCAACCAAGAUAUUGGUGCCUACUUUGAGCAAGGAACCUGGGUGCGCUACGACAUCAUGACGUUGCCCCUGUUUGCGGUGCGUGAGUUUUCUAACAUUGUCCACCAGCCGCUCCAGCCGUUGCCUGGCUACAACUUGACCGGGGAGACAGUGAGCCUCAGUUUCCGUACCGCCUCGGCCCCGGCCGUCCUCCUGUACAUCAGCACCUUUGUGAACGAUUACUUGGCCAUUUUGAUCCGGGAUGACGGCAUCCUGCAGCUGCGUUACCAACUGGGCACCCUCCCCUAUGUCCAUGCCUUAAGCACCCGCCCAGUAAAUGACGAGCAGCCGCACCGCAUCAACAUCACGCGUGUGAAUCGGACAUUAUACACCCAGCUGGAUUAUUUCCCUGUUACGGUGCAGCACUUCUCUGCAUUUGUGGACAGCAAACUAGACUCCCCCAAGGCGCUCUACCUGGGCCGUUUCAUGGAGACAGGAACGAUCGACUCUGAGAUCCAGAGGUACAACACGCCAGGUUUCAAAGGGUGCCUCUCCGGGGUAAAAUUCAACAGCCUCGUGCCUCUCAAGGCUAUCUUCCGAUUCGGCAACAGCCCUGUCAAGCCCUACAGCAUCAAGGGGAAGCUGGUGGAGUCCAACUGUGCUUCUCUGCCUUCUGUUUACACUGAAGUGCCCCCGGAGCUGGACCCCUGGUACAUCAACCCAGCGGACUUCCUGUACAUUCACGACGAUGGCUUGGUUGGAAUUAUCGUUGGAGUGGUCAUUUUCCUGCUGCUGCUCCUGGCAGCUGUCCUCCUCUUGAUGUACGUGCACCAUCACCGCUACAAGGGCUCUUACCAAACCAACGAGCCCAAGGCCAUCCAAGACUACAACAGUGGCGGCGGCGGCGGCGGCGGCAGCAGCAGCGAAGGGCCCCCCUCUGCCCCUGCUGCCAAACCAGGUGCCUCCCGGAAGGAGCAAAAUCUUCCACAGAUCCUAGAAGAGGCCAAGCCUGAGUAGCUGAGCGGAGCCCGCAGGAGGAGGGCUGCCACUGGCCCCACGGGCUUGGACUCCAGCUCCUCGGCACUGCCUGCCCUGAGCUGCCCAAGAGAACUGCUUGCUGCGAAGCCAACUCUUCUCUUCUCUCCUCUCCUCCCCUGCCACACACACUCACAACGGCUCAUCUGUUGCUCUGCCUUGCCUCACCUGCACACCCUGCGGAAGGUGGCCUCUUCUUCCAGUUUGACCCAGUCAGGAUCUGCUGGCAACUGGCAACUCCAAAAGCCCUCUGCUGCCUUUGUUGGAACGGCCAGGUUCCUGCCCGCAUCUCUUUCCUCGUGAGGGCAGAGGGGGAGAAUCAAGCGGUGCCGAAGCAGCUGCCAAAAACGUCGCCUGACUUUCACGCAGGUGUUGGUCCUCUACUCCUGUUCCCCUUGGGACAGUCUGAUGUCUUCCAUCAACCGAGGAAGAAUUCUGGUGCAUUGGGGCGGGGGGGGGGAGCAACAGGCCAUCUCAAGCAGCCCGACUUCCAGUGUAGGUUGGACUUCUUUGCAACCAAGCCUCCGAGCACCUUCCGGUUUGAAGAGAGACGUGACUGUCAAUAUUGCACUUUUUAUUUUUAAGGAACAAAGACAACGCAAAGCAAAAUCCAUACUGGCCUUUUCACGUGACUCUUAAAGCACAUAGUCUUCCGCUUAAUUGCUUAGCGCCAAAAAAAUAAGCCAUUAGUAAGCCAUGCAAUAUAGAGUAUUUAGAGUCUGACACAUUAUAUUGUGCCCGGAGAGAGAUUAAUGUGCAAUAUAGUUUCUGCCUGCCAGUAGCUAUGUACAGCUGCAGCGCAUGAAAUGACCGCUUGCACUUUGCUGCCACUUGCUGCUUCCGUAAAUCAGGGUGUUCAGAAUCUGAUGUUAUUUUUACCUGGUUCCCUCCCUCUUUUUUUUUUCUUGUGGGUUAUUGCGUUAGACCAAGCAGGGUUUUUUAAUUCUGUCACUUUGUAUAAAAAAAACACAAAAGCAUAAGAAAUGCUGAAUGUUCCGUGUCGUUUUAGAGUGAGGUGUUGUCUGUAGCCAUGUUGUACGAGGAGAAAGUUUGCUCUUUUUUCCCUCUUCCCCUUUGGAAAGUUCAUGGCAGACACCAGGGCAGAGGCGAAAUGUAUUUGUUUUAUCCGAAAAGCUAUUCUGAGGCAUCUGACUUCUGAAGAAAGAUCUGUCUGGCUGAACGAAAUGUGAAGGUUACCCAAAUUAAAACAAACAAACCAA